UCGCGUCCCCCGGCAACGCCGCGCGGCCCGCGGGGUCCGCACGCCAGCCUUCGGCAGCGCCGCCGCCGCAUCCCGAGGGGCACCCCGGGCCAGGCUGCUGCCCGAGGGGUUGUGCCGGCAGCUAUGCCUGCCUCCGAAGCCGUGCCACAGCCGUCCCCCAGCAAGAGGCAGAAGGGCUCGGGGCCUGGAGAAGCCUCCGCCCGGCUGCGCUUCACCAAGCUGUCCGAGAACGCCUUCGCCCCGUCCAGGGGCUCCGCGCGGGCUGCGGGCUACGAUCUGUACAGUGCCUAUGACUGUGUGAUACCACCCAUGGAAAAGGCUGUGGUGAAAACAGACAUUCAAAUAGCACUUCCUUCUGGGUGCUAUGGCCGAGUAGCACCACGUUCUGGUUUAGCUGCAAAGCACUUCAUAGAUGUUGGAGCUGGUGUUAUUGAUGAGGAUUACAGGGGAAAUGUUGGUGUCGUACUGUUCAACUUUGGCAAGGAGACAUUUGAAGUUAAAAAAGGGGAUAGAAUUGCCCAGCUCAUCUGUGAACGCAUUUAUUAUCCUGAGCUUGAAGAAGUUGAAGCUCUGGAUGAUACAGAACGUGGCGAAGGUGGCUUUGGCUCUACUGGAAAGAACUGAAAAUUACUUGAAUACACUUUCUAUUUUUGUUUUUUGUUAUACUAUUCCUAAAUUUUCAUCUGAAUUGAAGUAGGAUUUCUGGAGUACAUAAGAAUAUUUCAAGUUUUAUUGAGACUUCUCUGUAUCUAUCCUCCAGUGAAUUUGUCUGCAUAAUGAGGAAAUAUGCAUGACUGGCUUGACUUACUAGUUAAUGUAUUCUCUCUUUCAAGAAGUUUGGUCCUCAGCAAUAAGAACACAUUGUUUAUGUGGCAAUUACACUGUAAUAAAUUAAAAAAUAACUUAAUGAUA